AUGGCCUGGAUCAGAAUCUUGGCAGUGUCUCAACAGUGCUAAAUCCAACAUAACAAAAAAACUGUUGAUCCUACAAACCCAUGGCUGAGGUUUAUAAAACGGCCGAGGCCGACCAAGCUUCAGUUAUCACCCGAGGAAGGACUACACCCCACAAACAGGAUGAGUAAGAUCAUAUUUUACGAGGAUAAGAACUUUCAGGGCCGCUCGUAUGAGUGUGAGAUCGAUUCCCCAGACACGCAGUCUCACUUCGCCCGCUGCAACUCCAUCCGAGUGGAAAACGGAUGCUGGGUUCUGUAUGAGAAGCCCAACUACACGGGAUACCAGUAUGUACUGACCCGUGGAGAAUAUCCCGAAUACCAACGCUGGAUGGGCUACAACGACUCAGUUCGUUCUUGCAGGACCUUCUCUUAUAACCGUGGAGGGCAGUACCGCAUGCGCAUCUACGAGCGUCCUGACUUCCAAGGCCGGAUGAUGGAGUUCAGCGAUGACUGCGAGUCCGUGCAAGAGCGGUUCCGCCACAGUGACAUCUACUCCUGCAACGUGAUGGACGGCUACUGGACCCUGUACGAGCAUCCUAGCUAUAGGGGGCGCCAAUACUUUAUGCGUCCCGGCGAGUACAGAAAGUUCAGCGACUGGGGUGCGGUGUGCGCCACCACCGGCUCCUUCCGCAGGAUAACCGAGUUCUAAAAGACGAUGGUCUUUCUGUCCAUGUAAUAAACUUCCCAGUUAAAUAAAAGAGUCAAAAUAAAGUAACGCAACGUGUUCAGAGAGUUUGAUCAAUUCUGUGCUUUUUACAGUUUCAAGAUAAGUACAAGCACAAUUGAGUCUGAUUUCCAUAAGUCCCAAGAUAUUUCAAUCGAAACUGAAAUCUUCUGGUUCUAUGAGGA